AUGGGGGUCUUGAAACCGUUCCAACUCUUGGAAAUUAACAUCAUCUCCGCUCAAGAUUUGGAACCUAUGUCCAAGAAAAUGAAAACUUACGCGACCGUGUGGGUCCACCCUACACGGAAGCUAACCACCGCGGUUGACAUAGAAGGAGGUAACAACCCAACGUGGAACGAUAAAUUUGUUUUUCGUGUGGAUGAGGAGUUUCUCCGGCAAGAUACCUCAGCCGUACAAAUAGAAAUUCACUGUGGCCAUUGGUUUAAGGAUUCUCUUGUGGGGUCUGUUCGCGUCCUCGUCGGAAACCUUAUCCCUCCUCCGUCUAGGACACACCAUAAUCAUCAUCCUCAUAAUCUUGGCAUGCGUUUUGUUGCACUUCAGAGUGAACGUAGCGAACGUGUCAAAUUCGACGAUGAUGUACCAAAGUCUAGUGGUUCAAUAGUUGCAAAACCUUCAAAAAAGAAGAAUAAAGCACAUAAUUAUGACAAAGAAAGCUCAAUUCUUAGUAUUUCUUUGGAGCCUCCACCACAAAUGUUGGUAAAAAAGAAAGGCAAAGCAAGUUCUAUGGUAAGUGGACCUAAAGAAGAAAAACCCAAAGGUAAAAAGGGCAAAACGGGCUCAGUUUUAAGUGAUUCAAUUGUGAGUAAAGAGUCAUCACUUUAUAAUACUGGGCCUAAAGAAGAUAAGCCCAAACUCAAACUUAUAGCUUUAGAGCUUGAGAACAAAGAAAAGCCCACAAAUGAAAAAAAAGUUGAUGAAAAAUCUCUCACAAAGCCCAAAGUUGAUGAGCCCAAAGAGCCCAUAACAGUUAUAGGAAAGCCCAUUCAAAAUUAUAAUGGAUAUGAGUUUGGAGGCCCAAAAGGGGUAGGACACAAUGGAAAAUUUGUAUUUGGAGGCCCAAUUAAGGGAAAUGCUCAUCAUUGGACUGACUCAGAAAUUGGGCCUUCAGCAUCCGAGGUCGCGGCGGCCGUGGCCGAAAAAAAAUACCCGUUGGAUGAUCAAAAGAGCUCGGUGUUGGAUGGUUGGAGUUUGGACGAGAGCGUUGAGGGGCUCAGGUCCAAACUCGAGAGGUGGAGGACGGAGGUACCACCAGUGUACGACCGGGGACAUGCCUCGAGCAGCUACCAUUCGACCGGUCGUCACGGGAGGAGGCAUGCACGUGGUUCGAGUGGAUUGUUUUCUUGUUUUGGUAACAUAAUGGGAUAUGAAUGCCAAUGCAUUUGUGGUAAGCCUCAAAAGAAAUAUAACACAAGGUUCUAUAGCCCAUCAGUUGGCAGCAGAUCAUUGUUUUGA